AUGGUCGUAAUUCAAGCGACAGCUCAGAUGGCCGUGGCCAUCGCAGAUGCCCGGUCCAUGACAAACGGAGCUUGCCGAGCCCGUUGUGCUCAGAACACCACCAAUAGACUGUAACCUGCUGGCAAACAUUCGAGUAUCGUAAGAAUCUUCAAGCUACCAAACCGCCCACACACCUCCCUUGGUGAAGAAAUUAAGCCGUUCUAUUCAACCAUGUCCUACUCAUACGUGGCUGAGGACUAUGACCUCAUCGAACAAGAUCCUCAAAUCCAGACAGUCGUAAGAAUGCCUUCGUAGUCUCGUUAAUGCUCAACUGGGAGUGAUCAAAACCGACAUCCAAUACUUCUACGUAAUUUUCUCAGCAGUGAUGAAGACGGCUUUCGAAUUGAAGGAUUAAUAAGACGUCCAAAAACAACAGUAGUCCAGCACCCACCAUCUCCUACACCUACGUGGCUGAGAGGUACGAACUCAUCGAGCAAGACCGCCAAGUCAAGACCGUUCUGGGUCUUCUGUCAGAGGUCCCCGGCCACUCGAUAUCUGUAUCCUCCAAGGGACAGCGGAAACUGAAGCGCAAGCCACUUCAGUUCGUGAUUCCGAAUCCGGCCAAAACAAUCACCAUUCAAAACGGAUUCGUAACCUCGGAUAUCCGGCUCACAUCUGAAGUUGGAAGCCCGGCCAAAGUGGACCCACACAUCUCACUCGACGAAGAAAUCAAGCGGUUCUCCUCAACAGUGUCGUAA